ACCACUUCCAACCAAUGUCCCUGACCCUGUAAUGGCUUUGGUGCAAUAUUCUGAAUCUGAAUCCGAAGCAGAGAACGAGCCCCCUCAGCCCCCAGCAAAAAGGCCCCGUCAAGCCGCCAACAAUCCAUCUUCCUCACUCCCACCCUUACCAGCCGCUUUUCACGAUCUCUAUGCCUCCGGCACUCGUGUCAGCGUGACCGACGACCCCAGUCUCCACGGAGGCCGAAAAAGGGUCAUUCCCCAUGUUGAAGGGAACUGGCCGACCCACAUCUACUUGGAGUGGUAUCCAUCCAAAGAUGAGCUUUCUAUUCUUAGCGAUGUCAUAGCGCAGAUCAAGGAUAGGCUCGAUGGAAGCACGAUUCAGCUCCACAGCCUACUACAUAGUGAUCUUGGCGCGCAACUGCCCCUCCACAUUAGUUUGUCUAGACCGGUCGUGCUACGGACAGAACAGCGACAGUCCUUCUUGGACAUGUUUCAAUCUCAGCUGAAAGAGUCGCAAAUUCCAACGUUCAACGUCUCGACAAAUAGCCUCGACUGUGUCUCAAAUUACGAGAAGACGCGGUGGUUCUAUGUCUUACGUGCGGAAAAGCCAGAAGAAGAUAAUUUGAAUCGUCUUCUUCAGCUGUCUAAUCGAGCCCUGGCGCGGUUUGAACAGCCUCCGCUAUACGAGUCGUCGCAGGAUGUGGCGGCUGUGCGGAAGUCAAAUGGUGGUGGUACGACACUGCCACGGGUGUCGAGUGAGUCUGGCCAGUCUGGGGCUGAUUACUCUCACUGCUUCCAUAUCUCGUUGGCAUGGAGCUUGAUGGGUCUGUCGUCUGCAGAGAGAGAGCUGAUCGGAGGUGUGGAUUUGCGUAAAGUACGUGAGUUGGGUGUGCGGUUUGAUUGUGUCAAGGUGAAAAUUGGCAAUCAUGUUUCUAGUAUACCGCUGCAGUAGAUGAUGAAGUUUAUUUAGACAUAGAGUUGUACAUAGAAGCAUUUGCU